AUGAGUGACGAAGCGUCGUCGGAUGCUCCAGAAGGUAUAUAUGUUUCGAAUCACGGCAAUUCCUCGGGAAGAGGUAGUCCCGUCGAAUCCUCCGAGAACAAACAUUCGAUGGAUGGAAUGAACGAGUACUUCCAGCAAGCAAUGUCCAUCUCACGUGUUGCUGAACCCGAGAACGUUGCUCGGGAUUGGCGUUGUGUGAGUGGUCCAAGUGUUCACGAUAGACUGUGUUGGGAAUGUUCAGCGUCUUCGUAUCCACCGCUUCCUGAUCCCUUGCCUGAAAAGACGACAACCAGUAAGAGAAGGAAAAGCUUGCAGAAGCGAAUCAAGAAAUUCUCGUUGCCAAAACGUGGAGCCAGUGAUUCUAAAGAACAAAAGUCUCGGAGCUGGGGAGUGUUCAAAUUGAACUGCUCCUUUGGUGGGUCCAAAAGCCCGAGUUCGGAGAAAGAGCAGGUUCAGGAUUCGUCGGCUGCAAGUGGUGUUUGUAUUUGUGCGAGUUAUCAUCGUCCUGAUGGGGAACAAGGCGAAGGGGUUUUGGCGCCCGUGAUUGACUUGUCUAAAUUUAAUCCGGAAGAAUAUCCUAUUGAAGACUGCGAUGAACGAGCGCGGAUGGAGCGUGCCCGUGAAAUCAGUGAAGGAGUUGAUCCCCCUCCUGGUUUCAUGUCACUUCCUUUCGAGUUGUUCCCGGUGGAAAGCUUCGUGUGUCCACACAAUGUUCCUCAUGAUAUGGGUUGUGCCACUGGCUACUCGACCGAGACUCGAUUGGAGUCGUUUUUCUCCUCGACGGACGGUGACUGUAUGUUGCGUCGAACAGUGCAUACGCAAGUGGACUACGUGCACUGCCUCGUGCCAGAUCUUUUGACCAUUGCAAACUGUUCAUUUUACUGGGGAAGGAUGGAUCGUUACGAAGCUGAGAAACAGUUGGACAACAAACCCGAAGGCGCUUUUCUUCUGCGGGAUUCUGCACAGGAGGAUUACUUUUUCUCGGUGAGUUUCCGUCGCUACGGAAGAUCGUUGCAUGCUCGAAUCGAGCAGUGGAACCAUAUGUUCAGCUUUGACUCGCACGAUCCGGGUGUCUUCUCAUCGCCUGCGAUCACAUCUCUGGUGGAGCACUACAAGGAUCCGACGUCGUGCAUGUUCUUUGAGCCGCUGCUCACGACACCGAUCAACCGAAACUUCCCGUUCCAACUAUCACAUCUGUGCAGAGCCGUGAUAUGUAAUAAUACCACCUACGAUGGAGUUAACCAACUCAAGUUACCGAGAGCGCUGAAGGCAUAUCUCAGGGAGUAUCAUUACAAACAAAAAGUCAGGUCAGACUCGACCGCCACGAUUCGAACGAGGAAGUUCAUGACGAACCGUCUGCUCCACCGUCUGCAAAUGAUCGUUGAUGUGAUGCACCCGGGAAGAGCGUCGGUUCCGAAAACUGAAAUACGAGAAAAACUUGCCAAGAUGUACAAGACAACGUCUGAUUUGGUAUUCUGCUUCGGGUUCCGAACCAAGUUUGGAGGCGGGAAGUCCUCGGGAUUUGCGCUCAUCUACGACACCAUGGAUUACGCGAAGAAGUUCGAACCGAAACAUCGUCUCCACGGUUUGCUGAAGAUCGAGAGAGUUGGGAGGAAGGUCAGGAAACUGAAGAAGACCCGUAUGAAGAAGUGCCGUGGGAAAUCAAAGGCUGAAGCUGGAAGUGCUGCUGCCAGUGGGGCGAAGAAGGUCAGCUGAAGAUGAAUUUUUCCGUGUCGGAGAAAGAAUGCGUUCCAGUAGGAUCAGCAUGAUGAUCACCCCGCGUUGUUGGCGAAUGUUCCAAGCACGACGAACGUUUUUUGAUAGCGUUGAGUGAUGUGAUUCGUUUCGUUGACAUCCUGAGUUUUUCCUAGCAGCGAAGUUGCCCUUCCAUUCAAAAGAUUCACAUUCGAUGCGAUUUAUAUCAACUCAGUUUGAACGAGUUUCUAAACGGCAUGUGCUCGUAGAUCUCCGGUCAUUGCAUGUUUUUAUUGGUAUAAGUUCUCGUACCUUUUGCAGAAGGGUAAAGGCCGGUGAAGGAA